CUAGGAACUAUUUGUUACGUGAUAAGGUUUCCUAUCGACUCUGAAAAAGUGACGGACCGGAUACGGUGCACCAGCGCGCACCGGUACACCAUUCUGGUGGUGUUUUACUCCCUGAGAUGCUCCGCUUUUUCUUUUAAAAACACUAUUUUUGUAUUUAAUUUUCCUUUAAUGCAUCGUCACUGGGUCUAAAGUUGGAUUAAAACGACCACUUUGGGUCGUUUAACCUGCUGCUGGAGAUCUGUUCUUAAAUCCGAGCCACCGUUUGAAAUCUACGACCUGCUUCAGAGAAGUGUUGGCAUAUCCAGAAGUGCUUGGUAAACAAUCAUGACUUCUCUGGGGGGCAGCAGUUCUUCCACUACAGAAUACACAGUGAGAGUCCCCAAAAAUACAAGCAAAAAGUACAACAUUAUGGCUUUCAAUUCUGGGGACAAAGUCAACUGUUCUGCCUGGACGCAGGCUCGGAUGGAACGAGACAUGAGCGCUCGGCGGAUAUACGGGGAGGAGGAGUUACCAGAGGGAGGGGCGGGGAGUGAGUUUGGCAAAAAGCAGCGCGAGGAGGCGCGGCGGAAGAAGUUUGGCAUCGUGACCCGAGAGUUCAAGGUGGAGGAUCAGCCGUGGAUUUUAAAAGUCAAUGGAAAAGCCGGCAAGAGGUUCAAAGGCAUAAAGAAGGGCGGCGUCACCGAAAACGCGUCCUACUACAUCUUCACGCAGUGUCCUGAUGGAGCCUUCGAGGCGUUCCCCGUUCACGGCUGGUACAACUUCACGCCGGUGGCGAAGCACCGGACUCUGACUGCAGAGGAAGCUGAGGAGGAAUGGGGCAGGCGGAACAAGGUGGUGAAUCACUUCAGCAUUAUGCUUCAGAGACGUCUCCGGGAACAAGAUCGCGGUGAAGAGGAUGAAGACGACGCCGACAAACCCGGGAAGAAGAAAAAGAAAGGGGGUGCGAAGGGUGGAGACCUGCGGAUUCAUGAUCUAGAAGAGGACCUGGACAUGAGCAGCGACGACAGCGAUGACAGCAUGGGAGAUGAUGGAGAAAACAAAUCAAAACCGAAGAAGGACAAAGCCAAAGGGAAAGCAAAGAAAAAGAAGCAGAAGAACAGUGAAAAGGAUGCGCUGGAAGACAGUGAUGAUGGAGACUAUGAAGGUCUAGAGGUGGAUUAUAUGUCAGAUGAAAGCAGCUCAGACGAGGAACCAACAAAAGAGAAGCAAAACAAACAAGAGGAGCACCCUAAAGGCAUAGACGAAGCAUCCGAGAGCGAGGAGGAGAGCGAGGAGGAGAACCAGAAUGAAGAAGAAGCAAAGGAGGAAGAGGAGGAAGAGGAAGGGAAGAAGACGCCGGUUCAAGUGGAAAAGAAAAAGAAAAAAGACAGCAGCGGGGAGUCGGACCCCUCAGACGACAGCGACAUCGAGGGAGAGACAGCCUCUGCUUUGUUCAUGGCGAAGAAGCGUACGCCCCCCAAACGUGGGGGAGGCCGUGGCUCCGGGGGCAGCUCCAGGACCAGCAGCCGACCUGGGACGCCCUCCAUUGACUCCGCCUCCACCUCCAGCACGUUACGCGCAGCCGCCAGCAAACUAGAGCAAGGAAAGAGACCGACACAGGGUCCUAGUGCCGACUCCCCAGCUGCCAAAAGGCUUAAAAUGGAGCCGAGCUCUCAGAGCCCAGGACCCUCAGGGAAGAGUACACCUCAACCUUCAUCAGGCAAAUCCACCCCGAGCUCAAGUGAUGUGCAGCUGACCGAAGAAGCGGUGCGGCGCUACUUGAUCCGCAAGCCGAUGACCACCAAAGACCUGCUGAAGAAGUUCCAGACCAAGCGCACAGGUUUGAGCAGCGAGCAGACCGUCAACGUGCUGGCGCAGAUCCUCAAGCGCCUCAACCCGGAGCGCAAGAACAUCAACGACAAGAUGCACUUCUACCUCACUGAAUGACGACGCUCAUCUUCAGCGACGACCUCCUCUGGUUCCUCAUCCGUGACGCUGGAGCCCAGCUCAACUCUCCGCAAAUGUCUUCUAAAACCUUCAGUUGUCGUCUGAAAACUUAACUCUGAGUCCCAAUCUCUGGACAGUGUCGUGAAAAUAGUUUAACUUAGAAUUUUUGAUUAAAAUGUUACAAUAGCUUUUUGUUCUUAAACCUUCUGUAAUAAAAUUUAAAUCUCA